CAUCAGCUUCCAUUCCCUCAAGGAGAAGAGAGAGAGACUCAGUCCCCAGCCUGCCAUCAUCCAUAUCCAUCCAACCUUCUUCCCCCAUAAACCUCUCAAAUGACUGAACUUUGUCGAAAAGUUGUUCAGCUCAGCCUGCGGAGGAGAUUUCGUCGUCGCAUGUUGAUCCUCCGCCGAUGGUUCCGGCGGCUGUUGGACCGGCUUCUCUUGUGCUCCCUAGGGAAACCUAUCCGGUACCGCAUGUUGCCGCAUACCAUGGUGCCGUCUCCGUCGCCUCUAGGCACUCCCGAGGCCGCCGAGUUCGCGGCGGAGGAGCAUGUUGACACACCCGUGUUUCAUAACCACGACGUCGACAGCUCCGACUUGGUUGCCUUGAAGAUCACUCUCUUGGGUGAUCGUCAAAUUGGAAAGACAAGUUUUCUGGAGAAGUAUGUAGGGAAGCAUGAAGAACAGAGAGCCCAGCAGAAGAAAGAAUUGAAUAUAGUGGAUAAGACAUUAUUGGUUGGAGGUGCACGUAUUUCUUAUUGUAUUUGGGAAGUAGGAGGUGAUAAAAAAGCUUGGGAUCACGUUCCUGCUGCUUGUAAGGAUUCUGUUGCCAUUUUGCUCAUGUUUGAUCUAACAAGUCGGUGUACUCUAAAUAGCGUCAUAAGGUGGCAUCAUCAAGAAGUGAGAAAAUGGAAUCAAACGGCAAUUCUUGUUUUAAUCGGAACAAAAUUUGAUGACUUCAUCCAACUCCCCAUAGAUUUGCAGUGGACGAUCGGAAGUCAGGCAAGAGCAUUAGCAAAGGCCCUGAAUGCGACCCUAUUCUUUUCAAGUGCAACCUACAACAUCAAUGUCAAUAAGAUCUUCAAAUUCAUCACUGCAAAGCUCUUUGACCUGCCAUGGACUGUGGAGAGGAAUCUGACUGUGGGAGAGCCCAUGAUUGAUUUUUAGAAGAUUAAUCUGUAGAUAUAGCAAAAAAAUAAAAGAAAAGAAAAAAAAAAAUCUGUCUAAAUCCCAAGAAAAUGACCUGGAGUCAGCAUGUCACUGGAUUUUUCAUGGUUGUCAAUCCACCUCCUGCAGCUUUGAAUGUCAUGGAGAAAGGCAGAGGCGGGAAGAGCCCGCAUCUCCAACUAUGAAUAACAUCUGUGUUGUUCAUGUUCAGCAAUUGUAGAAAGACUUCAAAGCAGAAAGAGAGAAAAAAAAAAAUAGCAGAGAUUUUGCAUCGCUGUUUACAGAGAUAGUCCAUUUCUAACAGUCAACCACCUCCCUCUACCAACACAAAUGUCGGAAAAUACUUGUUUGAUUUUUUUCUUAUCAAAUUUAUGCCUUUAAUAUGUAAUUACCCAUGAUACUCUUGUCAUCAAUUAAACAGCACUCAAGGAGAAACCAUAUUUCAAUCAAGACA